ACUUGACCUAUUACUCUCUUCAAGUGUCGCUGCAGCUUGUAUCAUUUGCCUAGGGUUUUAUUCAGCACCUCAGGGUUUUUUUUGUUGAAUGCCCUGGCCGACAAUGCUAUCCCUCAAACGCACUCUCUCGUCAUUCGGGUGCUCUCUUCUCUCAAAACAUUCCUCCUCGACCUUAAAAUCGUCUGAUGUCAUAUUCUCAAAUAGACCACCAAAAGAAGCAGAAGAAUAUUGCAGACGAAAAAUUGCUAUGACCCAAUUCUUGUUCAAUGAAUGUGGGUUUUCUGAGUCCCAAGUUUCAGCGAUUGGGAGGAAGAAGGAAUAUUUGUUCAAAGUUAAAUCCAUCCGCACAGCCCAGCAGGCAGUCCAGCUCUUCAGAGAUUCGGGUUUCACCGAAGACCAGUGAAGAGGCGCUGAAAUUGGAGAUUGAAUAUGUGAGAAACCUGGGUGUUUUGGAGGGAUCGAAAGCAUUUGCGAACGCCCUUGUAGCGGUUGAUAGUUCUGGGCGUGAAAAUUUUGAAAAUAAAUUAAAACUUAUGGCAACACUCGGUCUUUUGGAGAAUGAGAUUCUGCAGAUUGUAAGAAGAGCUCCUCGUGCGCUCACUAAUGGCAUUGAUAAGAUAAAGAAAAACAUGGAUUUCUUGAAAAAUAUUACUGGCUUUCAGCCAAACAUUGUGGUUGUGUAUCCUCGUCUUUUAAAUUAUAGCAUAGAGAAUAGGAUUCAACCACGCCAUAAGGUAAUUGAAUUUUUAAGGGAAACAGAACCAUCCAGACUUCCCAGAAACCUUGCUAGAGUGUAUGAACUAAGUGAACGAAGUUUUGCCGACAAGUUUCUGAUGGGCAGUCCUGAGGCGGCAAAGUUGUAUGAAAAGUACAAGGGUAAGUCUGUUGAUCUUGCCAUCAGCUGAAAGACUUUUGUUGAGGUUGGAGAAGACAGAAAAGGGGUUUUAAUCAAUCCAGACAUUUUCAUGAGGUUGGAUCAGAAUAAAAGGGGGUUUUAAUUGUUCCAAGCAUUUCAUCAGGUUGAAUCAAACAAAAAGAAGCUUUAUCGAUCUGGACCUUUUCUUGUGGCUGUGGUUUGAUCAAUCCAGGCUUUUUGUUGAGGCUGGACAAGACCGAAAGGAGUUGUGUAUCAGUCAAAACCUUUUCUUCAUGUUGAAUCUCAGACCAGAAGGGUCUUUAAUUAAUUUAGACCUCACUAGGCUUAGGUAUGAAAUUUUAGUCUUUAUUCAUUGCAUAGUCAAUGGCAACUCUUGAAACUAGUGUUCUGUGAUUGAACUGUAAAGCAGUGUUCUGAUAGAACAAAACUCUCCAAAAACAAGGAAAAGAAUCUAUUAAAUUGUUUUUUACAUUAUCAUAAAACAUCCAAUUAAUAUCUA